ACCGUCCUAGUGCUGGCUACAGUGGAUGCCUCCGUGUCGCAGGUGAAGGUGCUGCUGCGAGUGCAGGGCGCCACGGCGGACCAGUCGACGUCCGCGUCAUGCGCGCCCAUCCUGUCGGUGGACCGGCGCCGGAAGCAGGUGUCGCUGCUGCAGCCGCCGCCUCCAGCGCCGGCGCCGGCGCCGGCCGACGAGCGACGGGUCCCGGCCGUCGCCGCCCCCAAGAUGUUCUCCUUCGACGCCAUCUUCUCCAGCGACGACUCUCAGGCAGAGGUGGCGUCGUCGGCGCUGGCAGACGUCGUGCACGCCGUCGUCAACGGCGCCGACGGCUGCGUCUUUAGCUUCGGACACGCACGGCUGGGGAAGACGCAGACGAUGGUGGGGGCGGCGUCGCCGGCAGGCGCGCUGGGGGUGGUGCCCUGCGCGCUGUCGUGGUUGUUCCGCGCCAUCGCAGACCACAAGCAGCGCACGGGCGCCCGAUUCUCAGUGCGCGUCUCCGCCGUCGAGGUCUGCGCCUCCAUGGCCGACCUGCUCGCCGGACACGCCAGCGAGAGCGGCGGGGAGCCGUCGCCCGGGUCUCUGCUAAGCGACGAGCCGCCGCUGAGCGAAGUGCGGGCCCCCAGCGCGGAGCGGGCCGCCGCGCUGCUGGAGGCGGCGCUCGCCAACCGCCGCCACGCCGCCUCCGUGCUGCUCUUCCGCCUCCACGUCUACCAGUACCACGGACGCGCCGUGUCGGCGGGCCGCAGCCGGCUGCACCUUCUGGACCUGGGGAGCUGCAAGUCGCAGCAGGGGGACCUGCCGCCCUCUGCCCUCGCCAACGUCCUGCUGGCCAUCAUCAACGGCAACAGGCACCUGCCCUACAGGGAGCACAAGCUGAGCCAGCUGCUGCGCGAGUGCCUGGGCUCUCUGACGUGCCACACGACCAUGAUCGCGCACGUGUCCGCCGCCGCCGACCACUACACCGACACCCUGGCCACGCUGCAGUUCGCAUCCCGGGUGCAUCGCAUGCGGAGACUGCGUGUCAAGUUCGGCCUGCCUGGAGAGCCGGGACACCUGCAGCACGCGGCCGGCGCCUGCGCGGGACUCGACGGCGGUCACUCGACGUCGACGGGCAGCAGCGACGUCGACCCGUCGAGCAGCGAGCAGUCGGCCGACACCGUCAUCUAUGUGGGCCCCGCAGCGGACGACGCCACAGACGGCGAACACCCGCCCGUCUACCUACCGGGGACCGGACUCUUGCGUCAGCGAAAAAUGGGUGUUGGUGCCACUGGCAAGGAUGACACAGAUGGGAAGCAAAGUCGGUCAGCAACGACGCAUUUGAAUGCGGCGAAGCCAUCGCCAUCGAAGGCAGGAAGCAGGAGCCCCAACAAGACGCAGCAGCCUCCUGGACUCUCAGUCGACCACGCCCCCACGGCCUGCUCGUCGUCGCCAUCGUCCACGCAACGCAAAACCGCGCUGCAGCAACAUACCUGCCCUCCCGCGUCAGCUGGAGCCUCUGCAAAGUCCUCAGCCGGCGCCGCCGAAGUCAGCGACGAGCGGUGGAUCGACGGCCCCAGAGUAUCGAGGUCCAAACUGGAAGAGGCCCGCAGUCUCAUCAAGAGCACGCACAAGAAGAACGAAGCCUGGGUCGACGGGCCCCUGCAGAGUUCUGUCACUUGCAACGGUGGGCCAGACGUCCCCUUGGGUUUGGCGACACCGCUGACGACGUCCACCGUCAGCGGCAGUAUUUACGCCGGCUUCGCGGAAAACCAGAAGAAGAGGAUGAUCAAGAAGUGGGUGGAGAGUCAGACGGCGCAGUCCCAGAAGCAGCAGGUGGAAGGUCAGGCGCCGCCCCCAGCGCCGGUUCCCAAGGCUGUGGUCGCCCCAGUGGAGGCGGUCGUCACUCAGCAGCCUCGACCGACCGCGACAAAGGAGCUGCUGAGGCUGGAGAACGGGUACGCGCGGGUCGGUGGACAGACGUCUGCCGCGAGGGACCCGGAGGUGCUCGAGAGCUGCUACAAGGCCAGCGAGUACCUCGCGGAGACGAUGAACAUCGACUACCGCAACGACGCGCAGUUUAUGUCGUCGCGUAGUGCCACGGUGUGCGCGCUGAGCAAGGUCCAGGAGGUGCUCGUGUCUCCGGUACUCCACACUCCCGUGUGUCGUGCUGUGUCCCUCAGCAGAAGUGCCAGUCUGUUCCUCGACACUGAACGGACGUCCAGGUGUUCGAACGGAAAGGACGACGCGCUCAGAAAAGUGAAUUCGCUAAGAGUGGGAAAAACAGUGGCUGCCAACUAUGUUUGUGAUGAGGUUGCCCCAACUGAUACGUGCGAAAGCCCAGACGUUUACAGCCGUCUCAAAGACUUCGACUUGCAAGGGAGUGAAGCAAGUGCCGAAGAAGAUAUGGAUAUAACAAGAGGCGAACCAGAAGAGUGCAAGACGGAUUCAGCUAGCUUGGGGAGCAGUUCUGAUGCAGACGUUGUGGAAGUGGAGGAAACGUGUGAGAUAGUUCAGAUGCAAGAUUCAUGUCUGCAGGUGUCAGAAGACGACAUAGCGCGCUGCAUGGGGAACAAGGUGACCCGGGAACACAGCGCAACCGUCGGUGACCAUCCGCUGCAGAUGCUGAGCCAAGACAACCUCUCCACGAGUUCCAGCUUCACAGACUCGCUGUCAGCGGCCACGGACCCACUGCCGCGGUAUCGAGGGGGCGGCGUGGGCGUCGGCUGCUGGCAGCCGCAGCAGCGUCCGAGCAGCCUGUACGACGAGGCGGAGGAGGGCGUGGGGGUGCUGAGCGCCGCUUCAGACUCGCUGGCCGUCAAGAGAGUGGUCGGAGGUGGCUGCGGGGGCGGCGGCGGCGGCGGUGGGCUCGCGGCGUCGGAGGACCGUCUGCAGGAGCUGGCGCGCCUGCACCAGAUGUACAAGCGCAAGCUCGCUAGCAUCUGGCUCGCUCCGUCCUCUCCACACGUGACGCAGCAACCUCCGUCCCCGGCCUCGCCCACUCCUCAGGCCCCAGCCCCGGAGAAGCCACUGCCGCCCCCGCCGCCCCUCCGGACGCCGACGCUGCUGGCCUGCCUAGAGAGGCCGCUGCCACCCCCACCGCCCCCGCUGGCUUCGCGCUUCCAGUCGGCGUCUCUGUGUGACGUGGCCUUCUCCGACGACGGCGCCUACUCGGACGCCAGCAUCUACAGCGAACCCGCCAUCAGCUACGCCGCCGACACCGCGCAGCGUCCGACGAAGCUGUGCGUGAACUGCAAGCUGAACUUCUCGCUGCGACCGAGCGACAACAACCUGUGGCUGACGACGCCCACACCGACGCUGGAAGCGCUGGCGCAUCCGCCUCUGCCGCCGCGGUGGAGCAGCCGGGCUGGCGGGGGCGGCGUGGACAAGCAGAGUGGCUGCAGCAUCGCCUCGCUGCGGCGGCCGGACGGUUGCUCCAACCCUGAUCUCAAGGAGGAGGCUGACCGCCCCGCCAGGGCCCACCGCCUCCUCCAGGGGAACGGCUACCUGCCCAAAAGCUUCAGUAGGUUGGAGGAGGCAGUGCCACCCACGCCGCCCCCUGAUCGCUCGCUGCCGGCCACGGACACGCCCACGCCCCCGGCCACACCGCCGGCGCCGCGGCUGUACCGCCGCCUGCUGGGCAAAGUGAGCGCCAGGCUGCCGCCCGUGGCUGCGCGCCUCGGCUGCGGCCGCCUCGUGGACAGCUGCGCCAGCCACCAGCGCUCCAGGAGCGCAGUCGAUGCAGACGUCGACGCCGACGCUGAAUCUCUGGAGGGCGUCUGCAGGGCGAGCAACGCUGCCACCGCCGCUACUGGCGGCGCCGGGGGCGAGCCUGUCGCUGAACAGCGACAGACCGCAGCGACAGCGGCAUCUGGGCCGACGGCGGCGCAUCGCGUUUCGGUGCUGGAGUACUGCCUGGAGGACGUGGCGCGGCUGGAGCGCCGCUGGACGGAGCGGAGCGCGCGGCGACUGCGGCGGCUACGAGACCAGCAGCUGGAGCUCAAACUGGAGCUGGCGCUGACCAAGGCGCGCCUCCUGCUGCCCGCCUCGCGCUGGGACUUCGACCUGCACGUGGAGGAGAGCAUGGACGCGCGAGACCCCGCCUUCCUGGAGGCGCUGCAGAGGGAGACGGAGAUCCUGGCCAAGCGCGUCGCCGCCGCCAAGUCGCGCAUCAUGAUCGUCACCUGCUUCGACGUGACUCCACGCUGCAGCCGGUGACCAGGGUUCGCACCCAGCUCGCCUCCUCAUCAACCAGCACCUCCGUCGGCGCCGUGUUCUUCGCCCGUCUAGACAGGCAGUAGCCCGGCCUGUCGCUCUCCUCGGAAUCAGUAAAUACUGCGGCAACGACGAAAUGCACGGCGUUUCCACCCGCUCGUUGUACAUCGACCAGUAAGUUCUCAGUCUGUCUCGUGUCGAGAGAUCUGCAGAGAGAUUACAUGUUUGUUACCCGUAAACAAAGGAAUCAAUAACUUAGAAGAUGGAAGUCCAAGGGAAAGAGAGGUGCUGUAGUCAAGUGGACAAAAGAUGAUCCUGACAGCUAACAGCACUGUUCCCAACUUCCAGGUCACUAGCGCUAAUGGCUGCAGUUGAAAUAUGAGUCGUUGGCGUUUCCGAAGAGACGGUUACAAAAUCGCUUUACGUGACUGGUUGAGGUAGGCGCGUUAAGCUGACACCUUCAGCCGAUUGCAACUGUUUCUACUUUUACUGACUCGGUUAUAGUAAAGAUGAGGAAGUCUCUGAACUGGUAAUUAAGUUUUGUCGCAAGCUACAUCACUGUCGCCACUUCAUCAUACGAUUCUCAGUGAAAUAGGGCAUGUAAAAUUGAAAGUCUACGUUCCGAUGUAAGUGACAAUGAAGAAAUGUGUAUCACAAUGCCAGUGACUAUGCGUAAUGAAUAUACGUUGUGUUUGACAAAUACCAAAUAUUUCUCCACACAUUGCUUGGAACGGUGAGGGUGUUGGACGUAGGAAACAACGAAAUGUCUUUCGUGGUAAAUUUAGGACAGUCCACAGUAAGAUAAUGAGCGUGGCAGGGUGAAUGUGUGCUUAUCUCAAGGAAAAUAAAUAAUAGAUGUACUAAUGGUGACGAUAACAUCAGUCUCUACGUCUCUAGAGAAAUGAAACAUAUGAAUUAUGAGAUUCUUAUGUGUAAUACAGGCUGUGAUCUGAAACAUGUAUAAAUGAAGAAAAACAGCGGAAUAGAAGCAAGCAAUGCGGACUGGAUAGGUUUCUAAUGAGCACUGUAAUGAAUCAUUAAGGUGAAAGAAAAACUCAUGGCAGUGAAUUAAUUUUUUUCAUUAUCGUCUGUUAGAUGUUCCAGACACUGAAUCCAAUUUGACCUUAUUUCUUUUUGUCGAGCAGUUUUUUCACAAUGUGACUUUGCUGUAAACUUGAAAAUUACCAAUACACGUAUAAUCUGAAUGUAAAGAAAUUUAAAUUUCUAGUAUGAGCGAAGGUACAAUUGACGGAUCAAAAUAAAAAUACCUUACUAUUAUAAAGGAACUGUGUGCUCAUUGUCUUAUAUUUCUCUUACUGGUGAAUCAUAUAACGCAACUCUGUCAUAUAUGAAAUUACUUUCAUACUUCUCUAUAAAAUGAUACAAAGUAGUUUCUGGUCAUAUCGGGAAGCCAGCUAUCCUGACAUCACUUGACGUGUUGAUGAAAGCUCUCAUUUUCUUUCUCAUUGAGACAGUCAGAUUUUCACCAUACACUCAAUGUGACAAUUAAAAAGUGAAUCUUGAACUGAAUAAGAAG